AGGUUAUUAAUUUCUCUAUGCUUUACAAUGGGUCCUUUUUGUUGUUGUGAAAUAUGAAACUAUAAUUGAUAAUUUGAUUAUUCUUUUGUUAACUUUUUUUGGGACUUUGUGGUUAGUCCAGGAUUUGGGUUUCUGAAGUAUGUUCUCUUUGUUUUCCUUUUCCAUUAUUAAAGACACCCAGAUACAAAUUUUAUAAAAAAAGUUUUUUUUUUUUACUUAAUUUUGUGAAAAAAGUUUUGUUUUUUAUUUUUUCUUGAUGUGUAUUGAGGAAGUUGAAACUGCUUUAUUUUGAGAAAAAAAUUUCUGGAUCAUUUCCCUGUGUUUGUAGGUGUAAGGCAGAGAAGGAAGUAUUUCAUGAGCGAUGCAGAAACUGGGAGAAUUCAAGCUGCCUAACUUCUUUAAUUAUCCACCUUACUUCACUUUGCAGCCUGUGAGGGAAACCAGGGAGAAGCAAAUACAGCUAUGGAAGGAGCUCAUAAUUGAUUUCUGUCGAACCCAAAAGAUCUUUGUAAUUGGGCUGGAGGAAGACUUCCCGUUGUUCAGUAAUCCUGCUAUUGAAAGAUCUCUGAGUUAUGAAGCUAGGGAGGCAUUUCUUUCUGCUUUGGUUUCUGAUGGUCGUGCAGAAUGGAUGGACAAAGGUCACAGAAAAUGUCUAGUCCUAUGGCAUCGUAUCCAAGACUGGGCAGACUUGAUUGUAAAAUUUGUGAAGGAGUAUGGGUUGGAGGACAGUGUUAUGACAGUUGAAGAAAUACGAUCGGGGACCGAGUCCCGUGGAACAGAGCUUCAUGGAAUAGACCGUACAGUCCUUAUGCGAGCUUUAAAGCUGCUCGAACAUAAAGGGAAGCUUGCAAUAUUUAAGGGAACUUCAGCUGAUGAUGAAGGUGUCAAAUUUUCUCUGUAAACCACCUUGUUGGACUAUAUUUAUGUGUACAACGAGCGAGAAAGUUCUUAUCUAUGAGCACUUGUGAAAUGCUUGAUGUCGUCGAACUUGGGGUAAAAUGGUUUCAGUGUUAUGAUACAGAUACAUUUCUGAACCAUUGUGAUUCCAAGUAGAAUGAAUAUUGAAGUACAUUUCUGAACCAUUGUGAUUCCAAGUAGAAUGAAUAUUGAGUUCUUACUUCUUACUUCACUAUUUCACAUGGUGCAGAAUUAUGUGUAAAUUUUGGAAGUAGAAUUUGCACAUUCUCAAGAGUUGUGAUGUCAACUUUUCCAAAUAUUAGUUGUUUGUGACUUUGACUUGCUUUAAAGUAAGUAUUUCUUUUUCUUAA